AUGGGUGGAGUGAUGGAGAGGAUGAACAGAAUGAAGGAUCCGAUAUGCAUUAUAUUUGUGCAACUCUUUGCAAUGGGGAUGCUCUUGCUCUCCAAAAUUUCACUAAAUCAAGGAAUGUUCGUAUUCACGCUUCUUGCUUACCGAAACUUUGUCGGUUUUAUCUUCCUCAUUCCUUUUAGUCUCUACUUUGAAAGAGACUUGAGAAACAAACUCAGUUGGAAAGCAAUUUUCUGGAUUUUCAUCACUGCAUUACUAUGGAUCCCAGUGGCAUUAGGGCUAUAUUAUUAUGGUUUAAGGGAUACAACAGCUACAUAUUCCUCAAAUUUUCUCAAUUUAAUUCCUAUUGGUACAUUUAUUUUUGCUGUGAUUUUCAGAUUAGAGAAGCUUGAGCUAAGAAAAACAAGUGGAAAGGUAAAACUUGGUGGCACAUUAUUAUGUGUGGCAGGAGCAAUGGUGCUUAGUCUUUACAAAGGUAAAACUUUCCAUAUUUGGUCUUCUCACAAAAACCAUGUCAACACUACCGUGCUAGUCAAGAAGAAGCACAAUUGGACAAGAGGAACUUUAUUUUUGAUUGCAAGUUGUUUGGGUUAUUCUUUUUGGUUCCUAGCCCAGGCUAAAUUGUCUACAGUUUUCCAAGCCAAGUAUUCAGCUACUAUGUUGGUGGGAUUGUUUGGAGGUUUACAAUCUCUAAUUGUAGGGAUUUCUAUCAAUAGAGAAAAAUCCACUUGGAAGUUGGGAUGGAAUUUGCAACUUUUGACAAUUUUUUACUCGGGAAUGUUAAGUACGGGAGCAACAUUUUGUUUGCUUUCAUAUGUAAUUGCUCGUCGUGGCCCUACAUAUCCGUCGAUGUUCAACCCUCUUGCAAUUACAUUUACCAUGAUCAUUGAAUCUCUCUUCAUGGGUCAAGAAUUAUCUAUCGGAAGUUUAUUGGGAAUGGUUAUGAUUAUUGGAGGAUUAUAUGCAUUUCUUUGGGGAAAAGGAAAAGAAGCAGUGAAAGCAAGUGAAGAUAAAGAUGUAUGUCCAAAUAUAAAGAAGUCUUCAAUGGAAGAGCAAGUGAGUUCUGGUGAAACUAGAGUUUCAUCAUCUUCAAAUAUUGGUCCUCAGAGCAUUGUAUUGAAUGAAAUCAAAGCAAGCUCAUGA